AUCAGCAGGCUGAAUAUUUGAAAACAAUAAAAAAAGUUGUAAAAAAUAUUAUGUGCUUUUUAAGCAAUAGUUUAUAAAACAACAGUGUUUUCAAGUCGAGCUCGAAAAAUUAAAAUGUCGGUAAUUAUAAACUGCGCUGGCUACAUGGCGCUUGUUUAUGAGGCAUCCGCCGCAUUCCUUACCAUGGUUCAGAUGGUAAACUUAUCCAAAAUCAUGAAGUUCGAUAUGGUGGAUGUUAUGAUAUUGUUUGGGGGCAUGUGCAAGAUUUUCUGCUUCGGAGUCUUGGCAGUUGGCAUCAUUAGCCGUCACAGAUUGAUGGUGAAAAUCUGGUUACUUAUGGCCUAUGCCCAGAUACAAUGGGGAGACGUUGGGAAAAUGUUUUACAAUAUGUACGAAUAUGUGUUCAGCGAUAAAUACAAAAGCAAGCAGGAAUUUAUGCAGGAGAUAUCUGAUGUAUAUGGUUCACUCAUUGGUCAAGUACUGGCUCGUAUCGGCAUCAUAUUGAUCGUCUAUAGAUUCUUCAAGUCCCUGGAAGUCCCCAUUAAAAUUGUCAAGGUACAGCUUGACCCGAAAGCAGCCGAAUUGAAGGCCAAGUGAUGAAUUAAAUGUUCGAAGCAAGA